AUGGAUAAUAUCAGUACUCCUGGUAGUCAACCACCCAAUUCUUCAAUUGUGGAACCUACAGUGGUGGAAGCCCAAACUGUUGAGGCUAAUAAUCAACAGAAUGAGCAACCUCCUGCUGCAGUUUCUGGGAAGAAGAGGAAAGAGGUUGAUUCCAGAUCCAGAGUGUGGGAUCAUUUUGUGAGAAUAAAAGACAGUAACAAUAUUACUAUACAAGCAAGGUGUGUUUAUUGUGCAAAAGUGUACAAGUGUGAGUCCAAGAAACGUGUUUAUUGUGCAAAAGUGUACAAGUGUGAGUCCAAGAAACAUGGUACAUCUUCAAAAGUGUACAAGUGUGAGUCCAAGAAACAUGGUACAUCUUCCUUAAUAUACAAGUGUGAGUCCAAGAAACAUGGUACAUCUUCCUUAAUAACCCAUAUGCUAAGCUGUUUGAAAAACCCUCACUCCAAGGAUACUAGGCAGUCCCUUUUAACCUUUCAAGUAGUUAAUACCUCUGAGUCAUCUGAAACUACUGUGGGAGAAAUUGGGGCCUGGGUAUUUAACCAAGACUUAAUUAGGAGGGCCUUGGUUAAAAUGAUAAUCAUAGAUGAACUGCCUUUUAGAUUUGUUGAGGGUUUAGGUUUCAGGAUGUUCAUUGCUGUUGCUUGCCCUAGGUUUAUAGUUCCAUCUAGAUGGAAUAUAAGUAGGGACAUCCUAGUGGUCUAUGAAGAGGAGAAACUGAAAUUGAAGACCUUUUUAAGGGAAACCAGUCAUAGGGUUAGCAUUACCAUUGAUUCUUGGACAUCAAUCCAAAGGAUUAACUACAUGGUUGUGACUGCCCAUUUCAUUGAUUCAGAGUGGAAGCUGCAUAAAAACAUAGCCUUUGUCCCUAUUACCUCUCACAAAGGGGAGUAUCUUGCAAAAGCCCUAGAAACAUGUUUGCUGGAGUGGGGGCUUAGGAAUGUUUUUAGUGUUAUUGUGGAUAAUGCCUCGUCUAAUGACACUGCUAUAGGGUUUCUUAAGAAAAAAAUAGUGUCUUGGGGUACAUCAACUGUGAAGGCUAAGUAUAUUCACAUGAGAUGCAUUGCCCAUAUCCUUAACUUGGUUGUUCAAGAUGGCUUGAAGGAGUGUGAUAGUUCUGUGAAAAAAGUUAGGGAGGUUGUUAGAUAUGUUAGGAAUUCACCUGCCAGGCUAAAGAAGUUCAAGGACUUGGCUGAUUUGUUAGGAAUUGAGCAAAGAUCUUCUUUGUGUCUAGAUGUUCCAACUAGAUGGAACUCUACAUAUUUGAUGUUACAAUCUACUUUGACUUAUCAGAAAGUCUUUGAAUCUUGUGAAGAGUCUGAUAGUUCUUUCAAAUCUGACUUGGGUGAUUCUGUGCCUAAUUUUAUGGACUGGGAGUUUGUGAGCAGUUUGGUGGAGUUGUUGAAAUGUUUUUAUGAUAUGACAAUCAGAAUUUCUGGAUCUUUAUAUGUGACAGCUAACACAUUUUUCAGUGAGAUUUCUGAUUUGUAUUGUAUUUUAAAUGGAAUGGUGGAAGCUGGUGGGGCAGUGAGCUUAAUGGGAAGAAAUAUGAAAGCAAAAUUUGAGAAGUAUUGGGGUGAUAUAGACAAGAUGAAUCUUAUGAUUUUCUUUGCUAACAUUCUAGACCCCAAGGAUAAAUUAGAGUAUAUGCCUACUCAAAUUAAUCAUAUGUAUGGUGAGGAGAAAGGUAAACCAUACUAUGAUAAAGUGCUUGCUGGUUUGAAUGAGUUAUUUGAUGGUUAUUCUGUUCCUGCCACUUCUUCUGUUUCUGCUUCUUUUGUGUCUGCUGCUGUUGGUAGUGCUUCUUCUGUGAGUUCUGUCAGUUCUGUGUCUGUUGGAAGGCCACAGCAUUUACUCAAGUCCCAAAUUAAAAAACAAAGAUUGGAAUCUGGGAGUAAGAAAAAAACUGAACUGGAUAUCUACUUGAGUGAGACAAUAGUUGAGGAGGAAAACUCCUUUGAUAUUCUGAGAUGGUGGAAGAUAAAUGCUGAGAGGUUUCCCAUCCUUUCUAAGCUUGCUAGGGAUGUCCUAGCUAUUCCAAUCUCAACUGUUGCCUCUGAGUCUGCCUUCAGUACAUCUGGGAGAGUAUUGGAUCCUUUUAGGAGUUCAUUAACUCCAAAAAUUGUGGAAGCUUUGGUGUGUACCCAGGAUUGGCUUAGACUGCCCAAUACUCCUCUAUGUAUUGAGGAAAAUCUUGAAGAACUAGAGAGGUUUGAAAAAGAGUUAGUUGAUGGUGGAAGUGGAAAGAAUUUUGAUCCUACACUGGCUACAAUUCCUUUUAUGUGGCAAAUGGCAAUGAUGAAGCUUCCACCUAUAAUCUGA